ACGCUUUGCUGUGCGCUAAGGGAAUAUAUAACAUGCUCCAGCACGAGCAGGAGCGUUCAAGGCGCAGAACGACAAAUUUGAAGCGUGCAAUUGUGUGUUUAAUAGAGAUGGAGUUGGACACAGAGCCAGUUCAUGCGCAGCUCAAUCCCCAUGUGCCAGUCCUUGCUGUGUUCUUUGAUGGCCAGACAGACCUCAUGGCUGACUACAGGCUGGGGCGCCACUCCAUGGAGGCCCUUUUGUGGAUUUUGCCAUCAAAGAACACACAAGGUUGGUCACAUGAGGUGCAUAUAUUAAUUGCUAUUUACUGGUUGGCACAUGACUCAUCAUACAGUGUGGUGUCCCGGGCCUUCAAUGUUCCUAAGUCAACAGUCUGCAGACUGGUGCACAGUGGAGUGGAGAAAAUAGCAGCCCUUCGCCAGGAGGUCAUCAAACUGCCCACCGCUGGAGCACUGGAUGAGGUUGGCCAAUCAUUCGCCCAGCUGGCCAACAGCCCAGUGUUCUCCAGAUGUGUGGGUUCCCUCAAUGGCUCCCAUGUCCGCAUAAAGACCCCCCCAGGACCGGGUGGCCAGGAUUACCUCAACAGAAAGCUCUUCCCAUCCAUACAAUUGCAGGCAGUAUGUGAUGGGAAGGGCCCCUUCAUUAAUACCUUUGUGGGGUAUCCUGGCUCCGUCAAUGACACCAGAGUCCUGAAAAACAGCAAAAUCUACAAAGAGGCUCUGUACCCUCCCUCAGGAUUCUUUAUUUUGGGUGAUGGUGGCUACCCCUGCAUGGCAAGACCUGUGGCCAUCAUCACCCCAUUAGAGAACCACUGCAAGGGAGGGUGCAGAGCCGCUUCAACCAACAUCACGCAAAGGCCUGUUCCAUCAUAG